AUCCCCCUGCGCAGCACUUUGUGUUACCAUUUCCUCCUGUUUUGUACCAACCGUUCAACCUCUGUUACAUUCUAACAUUUCUUUCGUCGGGCAAGCAUCUAAAACAUCAUCACGAUGUACGCCGUGAUUCUAACGGUCGUGGCGGCGAUGUUAAGCGGGGGACUAGCGGGCUCGGACCCGCCACCACACGGCGACUACGCCGCUAUGGCCCGCUAUGUGGUGCACAACAACGACUGGGGCAGUCUGGCCUCCAUAUCUACACACCAGCCUAUGAAGGGGAAACCAUUCACCAACGUGUUCUCUGUCAGUGACGGUCCUGUGGAGAAUGGUACCGGCGUGCCGUACUUCUUCUUCAGUCCGCUAGAUGUCACUGUUCAAGAUUUGAUGGUUAACCCCAACGCUAGCUUCUCCAUGUCAGAGAUUGAGAGCGGAUACUGCACCAGUAUGAAAUGGGACGCUGAGGAUCCACGAUGUGCCAAAAUCAUCCUGUCGGGAAAAAUCGUGACUGUUCCCCAAGACGAAGCCGACUUUGCAAAGAAUGCCCUGUUCUCUAGACAUCCUAUCAUGGCUGACUGGAUCAAGAUGGAAAGUCACAAGUUUUACUUCACCAAAAUGGAGAUAGAAGAUGUCUUCGUCUUGGACUUCUUCGGCGGAGGAAACAUCGUCUCUCCCGAAGACUACUUCAACGUUAAACCAUAGUCAAUAUGGUCAAGCUUCAUAGGAGGGACCAGCAAAUCGCCAUGCGCAGAACUAGAUAUAUUUUGGGACUUAUUUUUAGAUGAUUUUUCCUGGGCAAAUUUUGCUCAGAAAAGCCCAGUUUUGAAGUAAGAAGGGCAGAAGAAUGUAUAUUUUCAAAAUAUGGCCAAAAAGUGUGACCUUUUUCAUGGUUUGACCUAUCAUUGACCUCUAAAUACUUGUUCUCUGUGUGGACUGUCCCACUUUGCCAGGGGGUUAAAUCCUGGUAUCAUUUCAAUAUUUUGGCUGUAGCGCAUUAAAACCGUGGAAUCGAACUUCCACUAUUUGCAUCAAAAGACACCUGACAAAUCCAGCUUUCCAGUGGGGGUAAAAACUUGAGGUUUGAGAUAAAGGUAAAUGUAUUUUAAAGUGCUUGUUUCUAGUGGUUUUAGCAUAGAUUUCCAAUGGGAAGUCAUUAUGCUGGUCCCUGCCCUUCAAAAAUAGACCAUCCACGUGCGCCCUCUAUCAGUAUUUGUUUCAACUGCAAUUGUCUAUUACCUUGGAUUGAAAACUUGUGGAUCAGUUGUACAAUUUUCUUAGAAAAAGUUAUGAACUGAUAUAAUCUAUGC